AUGGUUUUACUGAAAAGCCUCCGUCCUCCCACCGAUGGCGUGCGGCACGAGCAAGCCGAGACCACGGCCGUGAUGGACGGCCAGAAGCUGGGCUGCGGCACGCUGUACGUGGCCGAAACGCGCCUGCUGUGGUUCGAUGGCUCGGGGAUGGGUUUCUCUCUGGAGUAUCCCACCAUCGGCCUCCACGCCAUCUCCAGAGACGUCAGCGCUUACCCACAGGAACACCUGUACGUCAUGGUCAACGGCAAACUCGAGGAUGAGAAUGAAGCAGAAAUGGCAGAGAAAGCAGCCGAUGGUGAAGACGAUGACGACGACAGCAGCAGCAGCAGCAGCGGCGGCGGUGCUGGCGGUGAUGAUGAUGACGAAGGAGUGAUCACAGAGAUUCGAUUUGUGCCCAGCGACAAGGCGGCACUGGAGUCCAUGUUCUCUGCGAUGUGCGAGUGCCAGGCGCUGCACCCCGACCCAGAGGACUCGGACUCGGACAACGACUUCGAGGGAGAAGAGUACGACGUGGAGGAGGCCGAAGCAGAGCACGGUCACGCUGACAUCCCGAGCUUCUACACCUGCGAUGAGGGUCUGUCGGCGCUCACGCAGGAGGGCCAGGCCACGCUGGAGAGGCUGGAGGGGAUGUUGGCCCAGUCAGUCGCUCAGCAGUACCACAUGGCCGGGGUCCGAACCGAAGAACCAAACGCACAAUUUGAAGAUGGUAUGGAGGUAGAUGGAGCAGCAAUGGAGGCCGGUCAGUUUGAGGAUGCAGACGUUGAGCACUGAUUGAUGUCAUCUCAGCGGCCAAUCUAAGCACCAGUGUUGCAUCAUGGGAUUGGAGAAGAGGACAGCGACACUUCUUUUAAGGCUAUCAGCUCUUUCUUGUACUCUCUUCCUGUGCCAGGCACUUCUGUUCUCGCUGUCAAACAAACCUUUUGCCCAUGUACUUAAAAGUCCCUGCAGUCUUUUGUAGCUUCCUACAUAUUUGCUCUUAUGUGUUGCUUUGGCGUUCUCAUGUUGCAUUGUGGUGUUGGUUUUCUGCUCAUCCUCCUGUCUCCUCCAUAUAAUAUUAAACUUUAUUUUUUAUUAUAUGAACAAAGUGUGCUGUUCUGCACUUCUGUGAUGCAACCAGCUACUGUAGACUAUUGUGAUGCAUCCCCACAUUGCCCUUAUGCUAUUCCUGGCCGUAAAAACAAAACAUAGAGUUUCUGUUUUGUACCUAAUGACCAAUUUAAUAUCCGACUGUCUGUCAAGAAGAGUUAAUUUCUUUGUAUGAAAUUGUCAAUAAAUUCAUAGUUUUUGUAUGAGUA